UGCAACUGACACUUUGUCAACCAUGCGCUGUUAUAUUUGUGAACAGAACUCAAAAGAUUUUAAUAAACUAAAGAAAGUAAAUGUUGAAGCAUUACAAUACGAUUUUUUGAGUCCAUGCUCCACCUCGCCUAUAAGCUUCCGUUAAAAAAAUGGCAGGCAUGUACACCAGCAGAAAACAAAACUGUUAAAGAAACGAAAGAGUGAAUACAAAAGGAUUUUAGAGAACAAAUGAGAUUGCUAGUGGACGUACCUAAGGCAGGAUACGGUAACACCAAUGAUGGAAACAAAUCACGAAGAUUUGUUGCAGACCCAGAUACGUCUUCUCGAAUUAGUGGCAUUAAUGUGGACCUCAUCAAGCGAUUUAGAGUAAUUCUAAAAGAAAUUUCAAGUGGAUUCACCAUAAAUGCUGAAAAGUUUGCUGCUUAUGCCCACACAACAACAAUGUUGUAUAUUGAUUUGUAUGGAUGGCAUCCUAUGUCACCUACAAUUCACAAAGUAUUGAUCCAUGGAACUCAAUUAAUAAGACACGCAAAUUUUACCUAUUGGUCAAUUAACAGAGGAGGCGGCUGA